AUGUCCAAUACUAGACAAGCACUACCUCAAGCACAGACGAAUCCCGCUGCUGCUAGCCAAUAUUUUUCCAAUUUAUACGUUCAGUUUGAAAGAAGGCCAGACUUAUUCCCUAAAAGCAUCCAGAAUAAGACCGCCACAUUAUGUCUCAAGUUGGAGACCUAUUAUAAAAAAAAGGCCGAAGAUGCUAGAGAUAUAAGGAGAACAAUUGAUGAAUUAGAACAAACCUUGGAAUCCCAAGGUGGUUCUAAUGAAAUGAAAAACAGGUACAAGCAAAAAUUUAUCCACAGACAAACACAAUUCUUAAGACUAAAAAGAACAAAGUUAAGUGCGGCUGACUUUCAAACCGUUUCUGUUAUUGGUAAGGGUGCGUUUGGUGAAGUGAAGCUUGUGCAAAAGAAAGAUAAUGGUAAAGUAUUUGCGAUGAAAACCUUGUUAAAAUCUGAGAUGUUCAAGAGAAACGAAUUGGCCCACAUUAAAGCAGAAAGAGAUAUUUUGGCCCAAAGUGACACUCCAUGGGUUGUUGCUUUGCAUUACUCUUUCCAAGACGCCAAGUAUUUGUAUCUUAUCAUGGAGUUCUUGCCUGGUGGAGAUUUAAUGACUUUAUUGAUUAGAUUGAAUACUUUCACCGAAGACAUCACAAAGUUCUACAUGGCUGAAUGUGUUUUGGCUAUUGAAGAAGUACAUAAGUUGGGCUAUAUUCAUAGAGAUAUCAAGCCUGAUAAUAUUCUAAUUGGUAGUGACGGACACAUCAAGCUUUCAGAUUUCGGUUUGGCAACAGGAUUCCACAAGACACAUGAUGCAAACUACUACAAGAAAUUAUUAGAAAAGGGGAUGAAUAUCAACCAGAAUAGUGCAUUCAACAACAAAAACAAAAGAAAUACCACCAUUGUUGACUCAAUUCAAUUAACCAUGUCUAAUAAUGAAAGGAUUCAAACAUGGAGAAAAUCCAGAAGAAUGCUUGCCUACUCCACCGUUGGUACUCCUAAUUACAUUGCUCCAGAAGUCUUCACAAAUGAAGGGUACGGUAGGGAAUGUGAUUGGUGGUCCCUUGGUGCUAUUAUGUAUGAAUGUCUUGUUGGUUACCCACCAUUUUGUUCGGAUACUAAUCAAGAAACUUACAUGAAAAUUGUUAACUGGAGACAAUCUUUGGAGUUUCCUGAUGAUGUUCAUUUGAGUAUUGAGUCUGAGGAUUUGAUCAAGAAAUUUUUGUGUGACAAUAAGAAUAGAAUUGGUCUUAAUGGCGCGGUUGAAAUAAAGAACCAUGCCUUCUUCAGGGGUGUGGACUGGGCCACUAUACGACAAAUCCAAGCACCAUUCAUACCAAGAUUGAAUAGUAUCACAGACACUCGUUUCUUCCCUAUUGAUGAAUUAGAGCAGAUGCCAGACUCGCCAUAUUUGAGAGACGAUAGCGGAGGCCAGGAAGAAGACAGCUUAGGCGAAUUGCCAUUUAUCGGUUAUACUUAUUCGAGAUUCGAUAACUUAAUGAGAAGAAACAUUAUAUAG